AUCGAUGUGUGUCGUCCGAAGAAUCGCUGUCACAGUAUACGCAAAAAGAGCUAUCAUGCUUUUUCUUUUCGCUGUGGGGAAAGUCCCCGGAGAUAUAGAGUUAUCACCCUCGUUCGAUACGCAAAGCGCCCAGCUUUAAGCACGCUGUGGGGGACGAGGGGGGUAGGACGAGGAUGAUCUACUUGGGUUCUGUUUAUACUGCAUAUGUUCAGAAAUGGAUCCAGGUUCCUCCUCGUCUUCUCUAUUGCCUACUGUAGACGGCUAACUCGACUUAAGUCGCGGUUGUGCGAAGAUAUGAGCAUUGCCGCGUUCGGGUCAUCUGUCUUACACUAGGUGCUUCGUUGCUCAUAGACAUAGUUAUGCGAUUGUAGACCCACCCGUGGGUGGAUCAUCAACUUAAUGGGGCUUACUCUCUUUCGACACGAUUUUUCUUUACUUGCUUCUAUUUUUUGCUUGAACAUUUCGUGUUCAUCAUUUGGUUGAUCGGGACACCAAGGAAUGACGGUGAGUACACGAAAGCUCUGUUCUUUUCUUCAUGAUGCUUGAAACUUGGUUUUGAAUUUCUUCAUGGUGUAUACCUCUUUCGAAUUAUGGAUCGAGGGCGUGCUCCAGAAUUUGACAUACUGAUAUUUUGUACCCGUCCCCGGGUUCUUAUUUGCGAUGUUGACUUUUCUUGAACAGGAUCGUUGCCUAGAUUGACGUUUUGCAUAAUGUUUGAAUCUUCUUUUGAAACAUUCGAAGACGAGAUUGGAGGUGGUGGAGUCUCGCUUCUAUAUGUCGAUGAGCAGUUCGAGUGUCAGGCAAACCAUUCUUUUGUUACCUUUGCGACGGCUGAAAUGUUUCAACUCAUUGUAGUUGACUGUUCAUUCCAGUUGGCGCUAAGCGGCUUGGAUGCAGCACUGGACUAUGGCUGGUGUUAUUUACAUCUGAUGUAUGUAAAGGAGCAACUGGAUCGACAGAAACAUCAGGUUUAGCUCAACCACACAACCAUUUGCGCUCACCAUCGAAUUCACAACAGUAGACACGCAGUGCCAACAAUAAUGCCAGGCAGUUUAAUUUGUUGACUGAACUGUGAAACUUAUUUUGGCCGCCAAAUCACGGAAUUAACUGGGAACUUCUAUGUACUAAAACUAAGAACAGAGACUACCGAGUUUGUAUAUCAGCAUGUUCGUGUCGAGAAAGUGAUGUAUGAUACCAUCUCUGCUGGUUGUUCCACGCCCAUCGCAACUCGAAUGUAAUCUGUGGAAAAUUAGAGGGAAAACAAGUUACUUUUCCAGUGGGCAGCUCAAUAGCGACCACGACCAUGGCGCACUGCCCACUCACUGUUUCAUGGUGCUUAUAGUUCCACCACGGCUGCUAACUCGGAGUGAUGAUGUCCACUGUCAUUGUGGAAUGAUCCGUGCUUGCCUUCGAACUGGUAGAGAUACUGAAAUGGGCCUUGGUCACCGCUUAGCGUAUUAUCCUCCAGGUUCUAUUACCGUGCCAGCACAAAUGGACCGCAUCUGUAGAAGUUACCGUACUGUCCACCCACUACCUCAUGAGUCGAGCGCUUGACUUGCCAAGUUUUCAUAGAACGUGCGACCUACUCAUGCACCGAUGUCAGCGGAAGUAAGACUGCGGUAAUUUGUCUCGCACCGCCGAAGUUCCUCGAGGACAACACGCAACUUCAUGACUGUAGCGAGCCAGGGUCAUCCUGAUGUGGUUCCGGGCUUGUCGGAGCUCAUCAAAACAUUGUCUACUUAUAAGUAUCAGUCUGAGCGUUGGUUUGGUCAAUGGGAUGUGACGGAAAUAUGCUGGGUUACUGGCGGGACCAUCGGGAUCACUAUCCGUCAGUGUUUCCAGUCAGCAUUUGCAUUUGGUUCUCUUUUCGUUCUAGUCACAAAGAUGACGAGGACUGAUAAAAUCGA